CCAAACGGAGACACUUAAUGAAUGUUCAGCUCAGUUUUUUUAGAUUUGAAUGGAAAUGGAAGUUAGAAACCCACUCCUGUUUCGGCAACUAUUUGAUAGAGAAUCUUACACGUAUACAUAUUUGUUAGCUGACCUGAGGUUUGAGGAAAAGCCUGCCGUCCUUAUUGAUCCUGUUGAUACACAAGUACAGAGGGACGUAAAGCUUGUUACAGAAUUGGGUGUGCAACUGCUAUAUGGUUUAAAUACUCAUGUCCACGCAGACCACGUUACCGGAACUGGUAUGCUGAAGAAAGAGUUGAAAACAGUCAAGUCAGUUAUUUCUAAAGCUAGUGGUGCCAAGGCAGACGUUCACUUGGACCCCUACGAGAAACUUCAUUUUGGGAACUUUUAUUUGGAAGCUAGGCCAACUCCAGGUCACACUUCUGGCUGUGUUACUUAUGUUUUAUAUGACUCAAAACCUCACGAGACGCCAAAUGUUUUUUAUUAUGUACCCAGAAUGGCAUUUACUGGAGACGCUUUACUGAUUCGAGGCUGUGGUAGAACGGAUUUUCAGCAAGGGAAUUCAGAGUUACUCUAUGAGUCAGUGCAUAAGCACAUUUUGUCACUACCCGAUGAUACUUUAUUAUAUCCAGCCCACGAUUAUCAUGGAAGAAAUGUAACUACUGUUGAAGAAGAAAAGAAAUGGAAUACGCGGUUAAGUAAGACCAGAGAGGAAUUCCUAUUCAUGAUGAAAGAGUUGAAGUUGGACUAUCCCAAACUUAUUGAUUUUGCUCUCCCAAGAAAUAUGUGCUGUGGUAUAUUAGAAGAACAAUAAACGAUGUUUUUUAAGACAUGG